AAGUCGUGAAACUAUUUCUCCUAAAACUAUUUUUUAUUUCUUGGCGUUGUCCUUAGUCAACUGACGGGACAUUAGUUCGACUCAUAAAUAAAACAACAAUUUUACUAUAUAUUUUCAAUUUUUUUUUUCGCAAGCGUCGCACGUGCGAGCUUUUCCCCCGAUAUUUAUAUUCGCCACUCACACACACGCGCACCGAGAGCGACACGUCCGAACGGUUCCAGAGCCGUUAAAUUUUCGAACUAAAACUGAGUGUCGGGGGUGUAGUGUGGCCAGUUCUUCUAGCGCUCGUUUCGUAACUAGUUUAACUAGUCCGCGAGUUCAUCGGAUAACGUGACCACUUAAAAGAUUAGAUUUUGGGAUAUGCGGAUAGAUUGUCACUACCAAUUUACAAUACUUAAUCAAUGUUUAAUUAAAUCAGCAAAUGCUAUCGAUAAGCCAAACUGAAAAAUUGCCAUUUAGUUCGUUUCUAACCGUGGCGGUCCCAAGUUCAUGAUCAAGUGCCCUUAGACCUAUAGAAAAAAUGGACUCAAAAAUUACCUUUCUACUUACAACGCUACUAUUUGUGCUCGUGGCCAAAAUCAAUGGGUCUGCUCUGAACGCCAGCAAUUAUCAGUACCAAGUGGUGGUCGAGCAGACAGCGCCAGACGAUUCCCAGAUCGAAUAUAUAUUCCUCAAACAGUCGGAUAUGAUGAAGGUAUGGGGCACAAAUCUCACUGCCAUUACCUGGGCCCAUGCCGUCAACAGCCAGCAAUUGCUGGACGAGGUCCUAACCGAAACCAGUGGCAUUGACUUCAUCGAAGCGGACAUUGUGCUGGGCAAACUGAAUGGCGAUGGCGAGGACAUGCCCAUAAUGGCCCAUCCGCCGGCCAAUGUCUCUGAUCUUACGCUGUCGGAAUUUCUCAACCAGAUCAUUAAUUUCAACCGUGAUCAUGAGGACCAAAAAAAGGGCGUUAAGCUCGACUUCAAGUCGAUCGAGGUAUUCGAGGGUUCCCUGGACAUUCUGGACGUGAAUAUUCCGAACGUAAGUUUGCCUACCACGUAUCCUGUGUGGAUAAACGCCGAUAUUCUAAGUGGUCCCGUGGAACAGAAUAGAACCGUACCCGUUGAUGCGGACCGAUUCUUCGCCGGCUGUAUGCGCUACAAACAGGCAGUGCUCUCCAUUGGCUGGACAACUAACUGGGGAGCCGACUUCCGGGAUGGCGAGUACACGCAGCAGCAGUGUGAUGACAUGCUGGAAACGCUGAGCGAGAACAAUGUCCUAUCCACUGGCCAGGCCAUAACCUUUCCCGUGCGCGCUGGCAUUGCCGCCAACAGCGAGGAGCAACUGCAUCGACUGGUGGCCGCGGUGAACGAGACAAACGAGAGCACCCUGACCAUCUGGUCGUCUGCCGGUGACUAUGUGGAUGUGGAUAAGUUGCGCAAACUGAUCUUCAGCUUCGGCUUGGAUAGAGUCUAUCUGGAUGUGCCGGAGGAGCUGGCCUCACAAUUGAACCUGGACAAUCCCGGCAACGGAGCCAGCACCUUCAAAUCCCUGUUUGGCUUCAGUUUCAUGAGCCUUUGUUUUUGGGCUCUGUCCAGCUGGAUGCAGCGGUUAUAAUAUACGUAAUUAAUAUAAGUACGGUAAUCAGAGCAAUUUUUAUACAACUUCCAGAAAACAUAAUUAAAACUUAUACUUUU